AUGGCAUCGCUGCCUCUUGAGCUCAUUGAGCAAAUCUGCUCGCUAUUGUGCUUCCACUGCCAAAAGUCUGGCUUUUUUCUUGACGCGGAGUCGAAAGAUGUGCGGUCAGCUAAGACGACAUUAUCAUCCUUUUGCCUAGUAUCAAGGCGUGUUUGCGCCGUCGCACAGCCGUUCCUAUUCCACUACUACUCUGCAGGCAAUCUGCCUAGUGCACACAACUGCAACGCCAGAGCAGAUACUCGAGAUGUGCGUCGUCGAGGUGACAAACUCCCAGAAUUCCUGUGCAGCAUAAUACGGCGGCCCGACUUAGCGUCGCAUGUCAAAAUUCUCCAGCUAGUUGAAACGGACGAUAUCAGUGGAUUGACACCAAAUCUUGCGCCUUUCCUCAUUACAGCGAGCGAGCAAGUCGGUACCGCGCACCUCGCGCCGACACAAGAGCACCUUCAGGCCGAAAUCUGGUCCAAGUCAAGACAACAUGAGGGGCUAAGAAUCGUUAAAAGACGGGGUGUUCAUCACUGGCUCGAAGAGAUGGCUAUCCUCUUAUCACCCAACGUUCAGAUGAUUAUUCUAGCUCGUGACAGCUAUUGUCGAUAUGAACACAUCAGGGAGAGCGGCAUCACGUUAGCCUCUCUCGAAGCAAUUGCUCUAAUGGGAGCCAAAAAGAACCAGCAUGUUUACGAGGCUAGAGAUUUGUUCACUGCGGCCCCAAACCUCCGAACUCUAUACUCGAUAAAGUGUAGCUUAUUCGACGGCCUGAGCCCCUGGGCCCUCAGUAAACCAUGGAUGUUGAGCCUGAAAAAUCUACGGAGGCUAGUCAUAGCCGACAUUGGCUUUGAGGAUCUUGGCCUUUUGGUGGCCUGCUGCCCAGAAUUACGGGAAUUGGAAUUGGCGGCUACCAACAUCCACCGAACCGGUGGGAUCAAUUACUGGGAUGUUUCCAAGCUGUUACAGACGCUGCAACCUGUACGACACCAGCUUCGGAAACUGCGUUUUACUCAUUCUCCGAGCCAGCGGCCUGGUAUGGAACAGGUGCCACGGGUGAAUGGGGCAUCUUGGUCUUUUCGAGAAUUUACUCAGCUCGAAGAGCUUGAGUUUGACCAGACAGUGAUCAGUUGCCGUCCAAGGCCUACAAAUACAGGCGGAGAUACUGGCUUCAAAGUGCCUAUGAUCGAGAUUUUGCCGCCAUCAAUCAAGAUUCUGCACUUUUUAUGCGUGAACAAGGAUUUUAUGAAAGAUUUUCAAAGUCUCUUCGUAGAAACCAGCCAUUUCUUGCCACUCUUGAAGAGUGUUCGAGUGAGUCUGCCGCAUGGUAUAGAUAAACGAGACUUUGGUUAUAAUUACAUAGACGAAAUCACAUCGUCUUUCGAGAUAGCUGGGGUUAGAAUCCAGUGGGACUCGGGUGAUGUUGGGGAGAGACCUUCGACAUCAACUGCUGGCGGCACCAUGCUUGGGUCUAGGCUGAUACCAUAUUUUCCAAUCAAACCAGUAAUUAAGAGCAUGGAGAUGCUCUCAUUAUAA